GAAACCAUUAGCUUGUCUUUCAGAGAGAGAAGUGAGUGCUCUCUGUCAUGUCCUCUGUUCAGGGCUCUUUUCAUUGUUUGUUUUGCUAGGUUUAAAUAGUGAUGAGCCGACCGGCUUUCAAAAAAAGUACUCAGAGGUUGCAAUUAGUAUACAUAAACUUAAGUUAGUUCUAGGACGUUGGAAGUCCAGGCAUCAUAGAUUACAAAACACAUUUUAACAUAAAGAGAAACUGAUUUUUACUCUAGACUCAACCGAGGACUGCGUCUGCAAUAUGUGUUUGAAACACGAGUGGAGAGCCAUGACCAGAAACUUUCUGAUAAGUGUUGAACUUGCUGUUCAGGGUGUCACCACAACUAGUGAAUGUUUUGCUUUCCGUAGAACAUUGUGUCAGAUGCGCUCAAAUUACCUCUCUUCUGAUUGUAUCUGGCUUUUGGGGUGUCAAAUGCGGUGCCUUGAAGGUCUGCUUGUUCUAGGGCCUAGAAGACAACAAAGUUAGACUACCUUAAGAGGCUCAGGAACAGCUUGGCUUUGGUGAAUAUAUUCAUAAAGCUGGGGUAACACUGUGUUCCAGUUCAGAUCAUACUACAGUCGGUUCCUGGUAAAGGCAGGCCUUUUCUUGUUAAAUAUGUAAGAGUUCAUGGAAAUACACUUUCUCCUCAGACUCUAUUGAACACUAUAACUAUCACAUAAAAAAUUUCAAUGUCGGAGUUCAAUUUUGGUCAAUAAAAAUGUAUUUGUAAAUUGAAGAAGAUAUUUAGAUCAUAAUGGGAUUAAUUAGCUUUUUCAUUUCUAUAUGAGACUCCUGAGCGUUGUGAAUCAGUAUUUAAAAUGUAGCAUAUUGCAGCUUUAAUUUUUGCGCAUAACUGCUCAAGUUCACUUUAGUAUAUGUUAUUUAUGAAUGCUAAUGACCGGUUGGCAUUGAACACGUCCUUGUCCCUGCAAUCACCAUACUUUUGUGUCUGAGCUUUAUUGUGUAUUGAACUCUGCGAUAGCAAACUUGCACUGGAGCUGCCUACCCCGACAAGUUGCAUGCUGAGAUUUUCUAUUUUGUACAUACAUUGUUUUGUAUAUACUGUAUAUGAUGACUUCGGUGGGCAGUGAACGUACCCGGGGCACUCGGGACAAAACACAAAUUUCAGCCACACAGCCAACACAACCACAGAAACAAGUAGUACAGGCAACAGCAGAACAGAUUCGCCUUGCUCAGAUGAUCUAUGAUAAGAAUGAUGCAGAUUUUGAAGAUAAAGUGAAACAACUUAUGGAAGUGACGGGGAAAAACCAGGAUGAGUGCAUAGUGGCACUACAUGACUGUAAUGGGGACGUGAACAGAGCAAUCAACAUACUGCUGGAAGGAAGUUCAGACACAACUUCUUGGGAGACUGUAGGGGGAAAGAAGAAAAACCUUGGAAAGGAAAGUUCAGAAAACAAAGAGAACAGAGAAAAACGAGGGGACAGAGAAGUGAGUCGUGGACGGGGAAGUUCCAACAGACGGGGAAGAGGAGGCAGCCGUGGCCGAGAGUUUAGAGCUGAAGAGAAUGGAGUGGACAACAAUCAAGGGGACAGGCCUUCAGACCGCGGGAAACGUGGCCGUGGGAGAGGCUUUGGACGUGGCAGAGGGAGAGGAGCGGGGAGGUUUUCAGCCCAAGGCAUGGGGACAUUUAACCCGGCAGACUAUACGGAGUCUUCUGCCACUGAUGGCUUUGGGACAAAAUCUGAGAUUUGGGAGACUGGUCAGAAUGAUGCAGAUGAUGGAACUGAGCCAACACAGAGUGGAUGUUACCUUGCUCAGGACCUGCCAAAUAAUUUUGGAUUCCAAGGAGCAUGGAAAAAUUCAAUAGAAGAAUGGACAGCAGAAGACUGGAAUGAAGAUCUUUCUGAAACGAAGGUCUUUACUGCUUCAUCUGUUCCAGCUGAGAAUCAUGUCACUUCUGGGCAAAGCAUUGAUUUGGUAACACUGCUUCAAAAGCCUGUGACUUCCACCCAAGAAACAGAAGGCAACUCAUUUGAGGCUCCCCAGCAGCAGACCUUUGGCCAAGCCCUGGUCUUCACAAAUUCUCAGCACAGCACCCAGAUGGCAUCAGGAACUGGCAGCUCCAGUGCUGUAAACUCCUAUUCUCCUCAGAGUCUGUCUGCAGUUCUCUGUUCUGGCUUUGGAGAGCUUGGAUCCUCUAAAUUGGCAAACUCUACUGGAUCCCAAAUCUUGGACCAGUUGAAAUCUCCAGGUUUGGGUCAGUUUACCUCUCAACAAAACAAUAGUAGCUCUACCACUACUACCACGACUACCACAUCAUCCUGGGAUCUAAAGCCCCCCAUUUCUCAGUCCUCAGUCCUUAGUCAGUUUGACUUUAAAUCCCAGCCUGAACCAUCUCCAGUUCUGAGCCAGCUGACUCAACGACAGCAGCAACAAGCGCAGGCAGUCCCUGUUCCUCCUCCUGGGUUGGAGUCCUUCUCCUCCCAGGUAAAGCUCCAAGAGCCGUCGCCAGUAGACACCUCUACAGCUGUUAGCAAAAUGUUGCAGCUCCCCAGCAUAUCUAUGGAUAACCAGGCAGUGACUGCCCAUCAAACCCAGCAGAAACAGAUGAAACCACAAAAGCGGAGGAUAACUCCGGCAUCCAAGAUUCCUGCCUCUGCAGUGGAGAUGCCUGGAUCAGCUGAUGUGACGGGAUUAAAUGUUCAGUUUGGAGCUCUGGAGUUUGGGUCAGAGCCUGCGCUCCCAGAGUUUGGAUCAACUUCAAGCAAUGAGAAUACUAGCCAGGCGACCAACAAUAGCUUGUACUCAAAAUCAGUAAAUGAUCCUUUGAAUACCUCUUUGCCAAUAUCCAAUACAGUACAGGAGUCCACCUACACAACCUCUGCCAUCACCUCUUCCAGUCUGACCUGCUCAUCCCAGAGCACUAGCCCAGUAACAACAACUUCCUCCUAUGACCAGAGUUCUGUGCAUAGUAGGAUAGCGUACCAAAGCUCCAUGGCUCCGUCUGAAUCAACCCCUGUUGCAGUUACGAAUGGGCACAGUGGUGGUCGAACACAGCCAACUCUUGACACUACUUCAUCAGUUCCAGCGUCUAAGACAGAGCCCUCUCCCUCAUUACCUUCUGCUGGUUCUCUGCCUAGCGUGGUGUCCACUACUGCUUCGCUUCUGCCUUCAGCAUCACAGCACUCGGCAACGUUGCCCAGCUUGCCUCAGUCCAGUGAUUUGGCCAGCAGCUCACUUUCACAGUUAAGCAGCUCCCUUUCCAAUCAUCAGAGCAGCCUCUCCCCUGCCUCAGUGUUGUCUUCAAGCACAUCACAUGCACACACUAGUGUUGAGAACACAACUUCGCUCCAGCCCUCAACAACCUUUUCAACUGCUUCAACCUCAGCCACUAGCACCACCUCUUCGGUUGUCAGCAUGGCAAGCAGUAUGAACACUACAAACAGCCUUGGCCUGAGCGUUACCAGUGUGUCUAUACCAGCUGCUACUACACGAGCAGCUCCCUUAGUGUCUUCAGGCAAAGCUCCCCCAAACCUGCCCCAAGGUGUACCACCCUUGUUGCAUAACCAGUAUAUUGUGGGACCUGGAGGACUUCUGCCUGCCUACCCACAGAUUUAUGGUUAUGAUGAUCUCCAGAUGCUUCAAUCCAGGCUGCCAAUGGAUUACUAUGGAAUUACAUUCCCUGCUCCUGCAACCUUAACAGGCAGAGAUGGGAGCCUUGCCAACAACCCAUACUCAGGUGAUGUAACGAAAUUUGGUCGUGGGGAUUCUGCCUCCCCUGCUCCUGCUACCACGCUAGCCCAGCCGCAGCAGAACCAGACGCAGACUCACCAUACAACUCAGCAGCCCUUCCUCAACCCUACCCUGCCCCCAGGGUACAGCUAUACUGGGCUACCUUAUUAUGCUGGUGUGCCAGGCGUACCCAGUGCAUUCCAGUAUGGGCCAACCAUGUUUGUACCUCCAGCGUCCGCUAAGCAGCAUGGAGUCAAUCUGAACACUGCUUCGACUCCUUUCCAGCAAGCGAGUGGCUACGGACAGCAUGGUUAUGGAGCAGGCUAUGAUGACUUAACGCAGGGAACGGCAGCUGGAGAUUACAGCAAAGGAGGCUACAGUGGGUCAUCUCAAGCACAAAACAAAUCUGCUGGCACUGGACCUGGGAAAGGUGUUUCUGUGACCUCAAGUAACACAGGUGUGCCUGAUAUCAGUGGCUCAGUCUAUAACAAGACUCAGACGUUUGACAAGCAGGGAUUCCACGCUGGCACACCGCCUCCUUUCAGCCUGCCAUCUGCUCUUGGAUCUACUGGGCCCUUGAACCCUGGUGCUGCCCCAGGUUAUGCUCCAGCCCCUUUUCUCCAUAUCCUGCCUGCACAUCAGCAGCCUCAUUCCCAGAUGCUGCAUCACCAUCUUCAGCAAGAUGGGCAGGGUGGAUCUGGUCAGCGCAAUCAACCCAGCACCAUGCAGCAAAAGUCUCAGGCUACCAAAACCGCCUAUGGCACUUCUCCAUACUGGACAAACUAAAUCCGAAACCGGGGAGGGGGGAGAGAAUGAAAGGAAA